AUGGUCUACCGAAAGGGACCUCGCAAGAGCUAUCUCAGUUCACAAAACGAGGCCAUCUGGGUGAAUCAGCAAUGUACGAUUUUGCGCGAUGGUAUUACCACAGCCGAUAUUCCGGACUAUAGAUUACUUUUUACAUUGGAUAAUCUUAUUCCGAUAGUAUGCUAUACAAUAAUGUGGUAUUCGUUGAAUAUGAUAGUGAAUGUGUACUGUUGGACGUCAUGGAAGGAAGGACUUCGGCGACGACGGCUCGUUAAUCUCACCACUUCGCUAGCUCAUUCUACGGUUGAAUUUGCAAUUUCUGGUGCAUUCCUAUUCGUAUACUUUUGCCGGAAUACACGUGUGAUGUUCGCCUCACCAUUUCAUUACUACAGCUAUACUGAACUGCAGAUUAUUCUGAUCUCUAUGGGCUAUUUUAUCUAUGACUCUCUAGAUAUGGUCUUUAAUGAAACCUUGAAUGUGAGCUGCAUUGUGCUGAUGCUGCAUCAUAUCUGUUCCAUAUUCUUCCUAUCAAUGGUUCUAGCUUCGCAUAAAUUUCUGCUUUAUGCCUAUUGGGCGCUAAUGAUGGAGGUAUCGUCAAUAUUUCUACAUUGCCGAGGCCUGUUGAAUCAGAGCAAAUUGUCGACAACGUCAAUGAUUAGUCUAUACAAAGUGGUUUCGUACAUCAACAUCGUGACAUUUGUUCCAUUUCGAUUUUUAAUUCAACUAUUUUUGACGCUUUGGACGUGCGUCAACAUUCAUAAUAUUCCCUCGUGA